AAUACUCAACCCAGCCAUUUCCCUAAAAUACCACCUCCUAAACAUCCAGGGACUUGAGGCUGGGAGUCCACUCUCUCUGUCCUCCCUGCCCCUAUCUCCAUCACAGCAAGAGAGGGGCCCAUUACAAAAGUUCACUCACAAGAAGAUGCUCUGACCUUAGUAUAUAUGUAGCAAGUGGUAUUGGGCUUCUCAGAACAGCAACCUGAAAGCACAGUGGAGAUUGAUGCUGCCUCUUUCUCAGUAUAGUGACAACACACUCUGGGGGUUCAGACCUUUUGCUCUGCUUCCCCCUUUUGCUCAGUCUAUUCUGCCAUGAGUCAAAUGCAACCGAAGGAAGCCUUCUUGACUCUGCAGCCAUUUUAUUGGCUCUAGUUUUCUGAUCUGGUACCUGAAACUGCUUCUUGUCUUCUUCAAGAAUCAUCUCACCUCCACAGAUGGUACUAGAGAUGCUUCUCUCCUAUCAGAGUCCUCACAGCUUUGCUGAUACCAUCAAGCAGGCAUCCAAGCAGCCCAAGAUUUAUGGACAAAAUGAAACAGAGAUGGAAGCUUGUCCACUGAUGGCAGAGGAGAUCUUUGCUGCCCCCAUUACACGGGACAAAUGGAUCAGAGGGUUGCAAAACAAAGUAUUUUGUGAGGGAUCCAAAAUGUGGAAGAAGAACAAGAGAAUGACACAGAAAAGAAGAAGGAGGAUGAAAAUGAAGAAGAGGAGAUGGAAGAAGAUAAAGAGGAGCAGGAAGAAGAGGAAAAGAAAAAGGAAGAAGAGGAGGAAGAGAGAGAAAGUAGAGCAAAAUGAGGAGGAAGAGGAAGAAAAGGAAGAAGACGAGGAGGGGGAAGAAGAACAAGAUGAAGAAGAGGAGGAGGAGGUGGAAAAAGAAGAAGAAGGAGAAGAGGAGGAGGAAGAGGAGGAGGAGGAAGAAGAAGAAGCAGAAAAAGAGAAAGAGGAAGGGGGAGGUAUCCAGCAGAAGGAAGAGUCAGCUUCUUUUUUCCCAAAACUUAUCUGCAAGGAUGACUUAACCCAUCCAUCCAGUUGGAUAUCUACCCUACUUUAAAAAGUGCUUCAGUAAAAGAUCUCACAAUA